UCCUUAUUACAUUUUAAACAGAGUAACUUGUAAUCUGUAACCUAUUACAUUUCCAAAGUAACCUACCCAACACUGCUGGCAAGUCCCUGGAAAGUCUACACACUGCAUGUGUAAUGUAUCACUUUGUAGUAAUUUUUCCUUAUUCUCUGCAAAAUAUUUUUUGUAAAAUUUGUGCCAGGAUCUCUCUGCACCAAUUAUCCCCUGCUUCCUACACAGACUUAAUAAUUUCAGCACAAUUUUCUUUGCAUAGCGAUGUACACCAAGCUGUCAUAAAUGUUAAUAUUUAAGCAGAAAUACUUUGUACUUAGUAUUUUAUUGCCCAUGCUUCAGAUAUUUAACUGCAAGAUGUAUUGAGCUCAUUUUUAACCUCAGAACAGCACCAUGACAAGCAACGAGAACAAAGGCCUGAGGCUUAAGCGGGAGGUAGGGUUAAUUAGUGCGAUCUCUCUGGUCGCAGGCACUAUGAUAGGAUCGGGGAUCUUUAUGUCCCCUCAGUUUGUAAUCUCCAAUGUUGGAAGCCCUGGAGCGAGCUUGAUCAUCUGGGCUGUGUGUGGCCUGUUGACUGUAUGUGCUGCGCUCAGUUAUACAGAGCUCGGCACCAUGUUCAGAGAAUCCGGAGGUGAAUUCAUCUACCUACUGAGAAUCUACGGACCCUUACCAGCAUUCUUUGUGGCAUAUACGUUCACAAUCGUGUUGAAGCCAGCAAGUAUAUCGGCUAUAGCCUUGAGUUUAGCUCAGUAUGCUGUGGCUCCUUUUUAUCCAGGCUGCAUGCCACCUACAUUGGUGGUGAAAUGUAUAGCAGCAGUGUCCAUUUUGGUGGUGGUGACCAUCAAUAUGCUGAAUGUUCGCUUUGCCAUGGCCAUUCAGGUUAUCUUCCUAGUGGCCAAAGUGGUGGGUCUGAUAGUAAUUGUUAUUGGUGGAAUAGUUACCAUGGCUCAAAAUGGCCUGGAAAGCCUUGGAAAUCCAGACACUUCUUUUGAGGGUACAACUUUGGAGAUCAGUGCCAUUGGAAUGGCUCUGUUUCAAGGAUUUUGGUCUUUCGCUGGAUGGUACAAUUUAAACUUUGUUCUUGAGGAAGUGAAAAAUCCAGAGGUAAAUCUUCCACGGGCAUUGAUGAUUGCCAUCCCAAUGGUGACGAUCCUUUACUUGCUGGUCAAUAUCAGCUAUUUGGCCGUCAUGACUCCUAGAGAGAUGAUGAUGUCCAGUGCUGUAGCAGUUACAUGGGGCAAUAAAGUGCUGGGCAGCUGGGGCUGGGUGAUGUCUAUUGCAGCAGCUUUAUCUAGCUUUGGCACGCUGAACGGCUCGUUCUUCAGUGGUGGACGAAUUUGCUUCGUGGCUGCACGAGAGGGUCACAUGCCUAGUAUCCUGUCCAUGGCCCAUGUACAUCGCUUCACUCCCUCUCCAGCUCUCAUGUUUACCAGCAUCAUCGCCUUCAUUGUGCUCAUUCCUGGUGACUUCCAGGGAAUAAUCAACUUCUUUAGCUUUGCAUCCUGGUUCUUCUAUGGAUUGACGGUAUCUGGCCUGCUCUAUUUAAAAAUCAAAAAGUCUGAUCUUCCAAGUACAUACAAGGUACCCAUUUUUAUACCCAUUCUGGUGAUUCUGGUGGCUGUGUUCCUGGUUCUAGCUCCCAUCAUUGACAAUCCUCAGCUCGAGUACCUGUAUGUCACUCUCUUCAUCCUAAGUGGAUCUCUGAUUUAUUUUCCAUUCAUUCACUUCAAACUGUGUCCACACCUGCUGGACAAACUCACAGUCUUCCUGCAGCUCUUGCUGGAGGUGGCGCCAGCUGACAAAAAUGUGUAAAGCACCAAAUCAGACUGACAGGCAGAGCUUUUCAGCCUCUUGUGCUGAUUAACACUAGACCCUUAUAACAAUUUGAAAUAUUUUUUUAUUGACACUGUAUUCUUUAUUUUGUUAACAUUUACUCUGAAUUCAUAAAAAUAUCAAUAAUAUGAUGUGUUGGCUUAAGGCACCCCAGGAAAUUGGCAAACUAGUCUAAAAGAAAAUUUCCUUAAUUUAAUAUAGAAUAUAGACAUGUUUGUACAAAAAAAUAUAAUUCUUAACAUAUCUUUGUAGCUGUGGUUUUUGGGUGUUAUUUAAUUGUAAGAAAAACAACGUAUUCGGAAUAUUUUUUUUUUUUUUUGCAGAUACAGAAUAUCUUUAAAAGAAGUAAAGUAGGAAUAAUAUUAUACGUGUCAUGUUAUAAUUAUAAAUAAAAAAGGGCAGCCACAGGAUCACGUCAAAAUAAAUGACCAAGGAGUGCAAAAUUACCUCAGACCAAGACAAAAAAGAAACCAAGGCCUUUAAAGGUAGAGAAGCGUGCAAAACAGAUACUUCUUUUAUUAUAUAACUAAGUAUAAAACUAAGUUUAUACCUGUAUCUCAGGUUACAUUUGUAUGGAGUCAGCGGAUGUGCUUCUUCAUCAGUAAAGGCUUAGAUUUUUGAAGUAAUAUAGCAGAAUAACUGGGAUGUAAUGAUUAAGAACAUUUAUGUCAUAGCCACCGUUUGUUGUGACAACAAAACUCACUGAGACUCCCAUAUACGUCCUAAAAUCGCAGUAAAUUGCCGUCCCCGCCACAGAGCGCAAUUUCAUUUGUCCACCGCGCGUCAUGGCGCGUCAUGGCUAAAAUGGAAGUCUACCUUCUUGGUCUCGCGAGAUUUCCAAACUUUAAAGGGAAUUCGGGUUGCCAUAGAAACAGAGCAACCAUUUUUGUCCCCAAGAUAUUGAUAAAUCUUACAAACACAAUUUUAUUACGCUAAAACUGUAGUUUUUAAAGGCGAUACAUCAGUGCAUGUCCACGCACCUCUUUUAUAAAAUACAUGUAGCAGGGGUUGAAAUGAUCAAAUUAUCACUAGGCCCACAAUCAAGUAAAUAAAUAGUUCACAGCGAGAUAAGAGUAGACAGACAGACAGACAGACAGACGGAUGGAUAGAUAGAUAGAAACUUUAUUCAUCACAAUGGGAAAUGUACUUCCAGCAGUGUCCACAAGCACAGGUAAUAAGGUAAUAAAUAAAAAAUAAAAAUAGG